GUCUCGUCGGCAGCGGUCAGCUGACACAAGUGCUUAGCGUUACCUGACGGCGAAUUGACAGCACAGGAGGAGUACAUACAUCACACCAUGCUGCCUGACAAGGAUGGUCCAGGUGCUGGAGGUGGACAUAGCCCUCCUGGGGGAGAGGACCUCUCUGUGAGUCUGUUCAGAGAGUACCUGCGUCUCAAAACUGUCCACCCAGACCCUGAUUAUGAUGCUGCUCUUCGUUUCCUGGACAGAAUAGCAGAGGAGCUUGAGCUACCUAUUAGAAAGAUUGAGGUUUGGCCAGGCAGAGUUGUGACGAUCAUGACAUGGGAAGGGACCAACCCGACCUUGAAAUCCAUUUUACUGAAUUCCCACACAGAUGUUGUACCUGUUUACCAGGAACAUUGGAAAUACGAUGCUUUCAGUGCUUUCAAAGAUGCAGAGGGCAACAUUUUUGCCCGGGGAUCACAGGACAUGAAAUGUGUAACUAUACAGUACAUCCAGGCAGUCAGAAGACUGAAGGCAGAGGGACAGAAACUGAUGCGCACUGUGCACUUAAUGUUUGUUCCUGAUGAAGAAGUUGGAGGUCACAAGGGAAUGGAAACAUUCGUGAAGCAUCCGGAGUUCCAAAAAUUAAACAUUGGCUUUGCGCUUGAUGAAGGUCUGGCAAACCCUGGCGAGGCUUUCACUGUGUUUUAUGGAGAGAGGAACCCCUGGUGGAUUACAGUCCACUGCCCAGGCAGUCCAGGUCAUGGGUCCAGGUUUGUGGAGAACACAGCUGCUGAGAAGCUGCGCCAAGUCAUAAACUCCUUCCUGGACUUCAGAGAGAAGGAGAAACAUAGGCUCAAUACCAGUGAGUGUUUCACGCUUGGUGAUGUCACCACAAUCAAUAUGACCAUGGUCAAAGGAGGCGUGGCCUACAAUGUCAUCCCAGCUGAAAUGGACGUCAGUUUUGACCUAAGAAUACCACCCAAAGUAAAUCUACAGGAGUUUGAAAGACAGAUCAAACAGUGGUGUAAAGAAGCAGGAGACGAUGUCACUUACGAAUUUGCUCAGAAAAGUAUGAACCAAACAGUGACUUCUACAGCGGAGAAUGAUCCUUGGUGGAGCGCCUUCAGUGCAGCCUGCAAGGCAAUGAACUUAACUCUGGAAAAGGAGAUAUUUCCAGCUGCCACCGAUAGCCGUUUUAUCAGAGCAGUGGGUAUCCCUGCUAUCGGCUUUUCCCCAAUGAACCGGACACCAAUCCUGCUGCACGAUCACAACGAGUAUCUGAAUGAGCGAGUCUUCCUGAAAGGCAUCAGCGUGUUCGAGAGGCUAAUCUCAGCUCUUGCUAGUGUUCCUGCCUUUCCUGAGGAGGCUUAGACGAGUCUUCUUUUUAAUCCUCUCUAAAAACGUAUUUCACUGAUGAUCUGAAUAUUUAACUUGAAAUCUUUGCAGAGAUUACCAAAGAAUAAUAUCAUGUAUAUCAUUAAGCCAAACUGAGCACUUAGCCUUUGGUAUUAUUGAUUUUUUUUUUGUGAUGAUUCUCAGGAUAUAGGCUCGAUCAGCUUUGCAUUACUCACUACUGCAGCAGUUUUUUAACAACAUACUUACUGUAUGUAAACAUUGUUGAUUGAGUAUGCCUGUGUGUGUGUGUGCAGUCUUAAAGAUGUAUCACCUGUUGUGUACACAAUGCCAUUAGUAUGGGGGAAAGAACUUACUAAAAUGUGAAGAUGUUUUUGAUUAACUCUUUGAUCAAACAUCAUUUAGUUGCCACUUUUUAAAUUUAGCUUAAUUUUAAAACUAUAAUUGCACAUGUAUAAUUUUAUUAAACAAACUGGAAUUGAAGGAAUAUAUUCGUUCAUUACUUUCCUGGUCAUAUUUUCUGAGGCACACUGACAAGCAAUUUAAAAGAACAAUGAACGAGCAGCAGGAUUAGAGCUGUGUUAUGGAGGAAGAUUUCUGACUGCCUACGGCAAAGGCAUUCAACCUCCAAAAAGACAUCUGCUUCAAGGAUGGGCAAUAUAAUUUACCAUAACUACAUCAAUAAAAAAUGUCCAAACAUCAGUCAAUAUCUUAAUAUAUACAGUAUAUCUUCUCAGACAUCCAUCAUGAAUUCUAACAACUUUUGUGACCCCCUAACCUUUCUUCUAAUAUAUUAUUUUAAUUUCGCUAUCGCACCAAUUUAGAUUCAAAGUCCUGCAAAACUAAUGACAUUCCCAUCAGCCUCAGCUGUACCCUACUCUUAGUACUAUUUAGCAAAUGUAAGCAUGCUUACACCCUAAACUAUGAUUUUGAACUUGGAAACAUACAUGAAAAAACAUCAGCAUGCUAGCAUUGAGAUUUUAACAUUUAUCAGAACAAGACGGUCUAAAAUUGUUUUCUACAGACAAUCACCUUAACAAAACAUUAUUUGCAUUUAUUCGAGAGAACUGACCCAAUUGUUGUAAACAAGGA